AGUUUCACGCUUUGUUCGUUCAUUUUUAUCGUCAAAAUUACUUUUUGUUGUUCGAUCGUUUCGACCCCUUUUUAUCUUAUAUGAUUCUACAACUAUUCAUUACGCUAUCUUGUAAGUUUUAUUUAUUUCUGAAACAUCUGUUAUACAAAAAUAUGGUAGUAAUGAUGACCAGUUUAUGAGAUUCUUUCAAGAUUUUACAAGCAAACGUACGGGUCUUUGAACAUUCGGGAUUUUCAGUUUCAGGGUCCCUCAAGUUCCCGGACGUGGAUUUCACUGGAGCUCGAAAUUCGAAAAUUUGUAGAUAUUGUUUUGAUCCACCGGAAGUGAGAUACAAAAAAAAUGGAAGUGAGUGAAGCGAAUAGCCAUGAUGGACUGAAUGACGUUUCUUUGCAACAAGAAACAGCCUGCACCGUAGAGUCAAAAGCUGUUGAAGAAAAUGGUGGCGAUCUUGCCUUCCCUUCCACGUUUUCUCCUGAAACUCAAGUUGGCUCUCAGCUGGCUGCAUUGGGUAAGAAUUUUACGAUAAUUAUUCUUGGCUUAAAAAAUAUAUACCUUGCUCCUUUGGAGCAAACUAGGAUUUUUAGUGGAUAUUUGAUGAAUUUAACCCGCAUUUUAUAAGGAGCUAUGUUGCUCACGGUCCUUCUGUCCAAGACGAGUUUGUACGCGUUUCGCGCGAAAAUGUUAAGCUCAAGCUUAGAUUGUCCGCGAGUUAAUGUUGUUUUUAUUCUCAUGUACAGCAUUUCGGUACAUAAGCUAGCCUAGAUUCGUUAUGGCCGGAGUAAGUGAAUACUGAACGUGAAACAGAUGUUCGUUGAAGAGUCUUUCUUUAGUCGUGUGUGUUCGCAUGUGAAGCGAGGCUGAGCGGGUAGUGGGCUGUCAGGAUCAAAUGUCCAGCAAUUUGCGCGAUGCUGCGUGAGUGAUAAAGUGUGAGAUAAAAGAUGCUUUCCCUUUACCAAGAAAUUUCAGUCAGGAUGUAAAUCCAAGGCACUCCACUAGAAAUUCCCAGGAGUAAGAGGAACUUUGGGCAUUUUCCAAUAAUACAAAAACCUUUUGGAAACUUUGAUGGCGAGGUCUGUUGUGGUGAAGAAGCAUUUUCAUUUGACGCUAGAUCCAUUUGCUCUCCUCUCUCACCAAAAUUCAAGAUGGGGAGACAGAUAUAGCUGUGAAUUGCUUUUAUCCAUAUUUUUCACCAGAAAAGUUUCCAACUGGAAUACAGGACUACCUUUUCACAGUUCAACUUAUUCCCAGAAAUAUUGUGUAGGAAUUUCCAUGCACAAAAUUGUGUUUAAUAAUCCGUACAUGGAAAGCAUCCUUUGAAAGGAUAUUCUUGUUUUCCUGUUAGAAAUUUUUUAGUGGAGAUUUUGGGCUUAAAUUUUUGAUUUUUCAUAUUAAACAUUAGAACUGAAAAGUAUAAGCGCUAUAUAAAUAUUUUUAUUAUUAUUUUAUUAUUCGUCAGUUCUAUGCUAUUCACGCCAAUUUAAUUUCCUUGUCUGAGAUUUGUGUUGGUAAAUCAAAGUUUUUAGGAACAAUUUGUGUACAUAGUUUUCACAUUAAAUCUGUUCACUUAUUUGUUAAAACAUCAGCUGGAGUGAAGAGAAAGCAUGCUUAUCAAACAGAUGACCAAGACAACAAACACAUUCAUCUUGAUCAAGAGGCAGCAGCUUCAGAUGGGUUUGCUGACUUGACAACUUUAGUCAACAUGUCUUCUGCAGUGUCGCUUGCUGUUUCUCAGGUGAGAAAUGUACCAGCCCUUCCAGUGUAACGUCAAUGCCAUUAUAGACAUUAUUAACUUGAAAUAAAUAAAAAUAUAUUAAAUUCCUCAUUCUUUGUUGUGCCUACUUUAACUACAUUAGGAGGUGAAUUCACAGACAUUUAGUAACACAGCCAUUGACAGUAGUGGCCAAAUCGCUGCACUCUCUCAAGAACCAACCAAUGGCAGUUUAAGUUUAUCAGAAGCAGUGGCAGUUCUUGCAACAGGACACCUGCAGUCUCAGGAAACCACAAUCAUUCCAGCAUCCCAGCCUGUUGUUAUGAGUGAUAACAAUAACUCUGUUAAUCAAGCAUGGUUCACCACUAAAGAAGACAAAGACAACCUCCAUGGAAAAGGUAAUCUUAGUCCAAGUAAAAAAAAAAGCAAAUGUACAUGUAGGUUGCUAUGUGCCACCAGCGAGUGGGUAUUUUUUUCUGUCAUUUCUGAUUUUUUAUUAUUGCCAAUUGAUUGCUUUGUUGACAAAAAAAUAUUUAUUACACUCCCCAGGGAUACAUGUAAGUUUAAGUUCUUCAGUCAAAUAUUAAUAAAAUAAUGAAACGUCAGGUAUUGAUUAUAUUAAUAAUUUUGUAAACACAAAUUUGGUUCAUUUGGAUACAUAUUUUAAACAAAAUGAUGCUUCAUACUAUAUAUCUCAAUGGGUAGGGUGCAUUGAAAAUUAAUGUCAAUGAAGGACUUAGAUAAACAAGAGAAAUGGCCCUAAAAAAUGAAGCUGCCAGGGAAAAGAAACAUUUGUUUUUUUUACUUGGCCUUAGUACUACAAGACAACAAGAGCAUAGUGUAGUUUCCUACUAAAACCUCAAGAACUCUUUUAUUUUGCAUUUUUUAUUUUGUUGAUAGAAAGGAAAUUAAACCUUUUUAAAAGAAACAAAAUCAUUUUUAAAUAAUUAUUACGCUUUGAGUUAGCUGUAAUGAUAUUUUUCUGUUUGGGAUAUACCUUUUGUCUGCAAAGUAUGCGAAUUUCUGUAUAUCAAAACUUUUGUAUGGUGUGUUUUUUGAAGGAGUCAAGUGGAGGCAAGGAAUGUGGUCAAAAGAAGAAAAUGACCAAUUAAAAGAAAAUAUACUUGAAUAUUGUGAGGUAGGUUAAAAUUAUCUAAGAUUGGUUUGUCCAAAAUUAAUCAAAACUUUAGAUUUUUGCAUUUUUUUAUGGUAAAUGACAAUAUUGCUCAAGGUUUUUAAAAUCAGGUUUCUCCAUGAUAUACAUGAAGCAUGCUCAAGAUUGUUGAUUGUAGUCUUCUGUUUAACAUGUUAAUGUCGCCACUCCUGUGUUAACGUAAAUUGAUUAAAUGCAGUUCCUAUAAUAUAUUAAGGUAAAAUGCAAAGAAAGACAACACUGUGUUCAAUGUAUGAGGCAUUGAACUCAUUCUUUUUUUUGUCUAUCUUUAUUUGUAGAUCAACAGCAUUCCAGAUCCUAAUAUCAUCAUAUUUGAGAUGACAAAAGAUGAUCGAAAAGACUUUUAUCGAACAAUAGGUUUCUAACUUUUUAUAAAAUUUACAUAUUUUUUAUUGUGCACUUUUGUGUAUUUGAAUAAUACACUGUAUAAUAAUUAUUUAUUUAUAAUGCUGGAAUUAAGGAGAGAUUAGUUGUUUAUCAGUUUUUGGUGCUAUAUUGCCAUUAUUUUUUUUAUAUGAUAAGUGUCAUGAUUCUGAAUUUAUUCUGCUUUUCAGCCAAAGGUAUAAGGCGUCCUCUCUUUGCCAUCUAUCGUCGUGUGCUUCGCAUGUAUGAUAGAAAGAACUACGUGGGAAAAUAUUCAUCGGAAGAAGUGCAGCAGCUUAAAGCAUUAAAAGAGAAACAUGGAAAUGAUUGGGCUACGAUUGGUGCUGCAAUGGGUCGAAGUGCCUCAUCUGUGAAGGACAGAUUCCGACUGAUGAGAGACCAUUGCCGUUCUGGUUGGUCUUAAGCUUUCUCAGUCAUCAUAAAACCAACUUAUCAAAAUUCACUUUUUACUACUUGUACUGACAGAUUUUCAGUUCGCUAUGCCUUUGGUGUUCAUUCUGAGUGAGAAAUUAAGUAAUUUUAAUUUUUCUUCUUAAGGCAAAUGGACAGCUGAGGAAGAACAAAAACUGUCCAGUGCUGUUCAUGAGUUGAGCAGUACAAGAUCAGGUGACCUGAUCACAACAGGGAUAUCCUGGGCGGCUGUGGCUGAACAAGUUGGAACUAGAUCAGAAAAACAGUGUCGAUCAAAAUGGUAAUGUUCACUCUUUUCUAAAAGAUGCAUACGUAUUUAUGGUGGAAAGCAAGGAACAUUAUUGUUUUUAGUAAACAUAGGCGUUAAUUAUAAUAUUGCUGUAGAUCUACUUCAAGGAAAUGUCCACCAUUGUCUUGAAAAUCAAAGAUGCAGUUGAAGCUGUACACAUGUAGCUAAUUCAGUUGUUUAAUUUUACAAUAUCUGUCAUCAUCAUCAUUACUGUUAUUAGUUAAGUUAAGUACUGUUACAUUCAUUAUUUGAAUUUCCAUUAUCUGCCAAAACUCAAAAUUUUUUGUCAUUAAUACAUGUAGAAACCUCAAAAAUGUAAAUCACUUGAUAUAUCUCCAUACAGGUAUGAAAGCAAAUUAAUCAUAAUUUUUCCUCAGGUUAAACUACUUAAACUGGAAAGAGAAAGGUGGGCAAGAAUGGACCAAGCAAGAUGAGAUCAACCUUAUCACAAGGUGAGGAUUUGAUGCUGCUGUCUCUCUCUUGCCUUGUAUUGACAAUUUUGCCACAAAAUUACUGGAAGUUCCUUUCUAACACAAGGUUCGUUUAGGGUGACCCUCCUACAACCAGCCCCCUAGUGUCUUUAACAGAUUUUCUGUAUUGGGUAAACUGAACUCAGUUAUUGUAUCUUCCUAGUAGUGGACUUAGUUACACAUUUGAUCGCUACUUUUAUGUAAUAUUCCAGCUGUCAUAAGUAGAACUGUGUAAUACAUUGUGUAGAUUUUUAUGGUUAAAAAAGUCAGAUCUUUUCUGAUCUAUUAAUAGUUUAAGUCAGCCUUGUUUUCUUUAACAUUCUUACCGAAGGAUUCAUGAGUUGAAUCUCCAAGAUGAAAAUGACAUAGACUGGAAGGCCAUGGCAAGUGAUUGGCCCAGGUAGGUCAAAUGUUAGAGUAUCAUUAUUAAUCAGUACACAUGAGUGCCUCAAGGGUUUCAAGUGAAAUAGCUAGUAGCCUGAUGUUAUAAGGCUCUGCCAGGAUAAAUUCUGACAAGCGACAUGGCCCAAAAAGUAGCGACGGCACGUAAAAUGAAAUCGUGACAAGAGACAACCUCCCUCUGCCAAAUUGCUACAGUAACGGCAAAGCCGGCAAUAAAUGACAAGCAUUUUAUAAACACCGACACAAGACGUUUUAAAAUUCAGACGGGCAACAUGGGACCCCAUCCCCCCCGCGGCAUGGCCUCCGUUAUGGCAACAGUUAUCAUAUAUGGCUUGACUGGCCAAAGAUUAAACAAUAAAGCUUAUGAGCUCAGAGGUACACACCCAACUUAAACUGGCCUAAGCGAGCAGUACUGGUGGCGUAUAGAAACCUAGUACAUGUAUCUUUGAAUUUGGGUAACAAGGAAAUCUUAAGUCUUGCACAAAACUUCAAUACAGGGAACCCUGUAUUGAAAGGGUCAGACCUUUUGGGUACCCCAUAAUUUCUCUUAGAGCACAGCCUUGCCCAAGAGGGAAGGAAUUCAGAUACUGCUCAGAAAAUUCCCAAUGACUCUCCAGUCCAAAGAGUAUCCAAUAAAAUGUUUGGUUUUCCUUUAUUUUAGUGUGCGCUCCCCACAAUGGCUUAGAAGCAAGUGGUGGGCUUUGAAAAAACAUGUUCCUGAAAUGGAGGCAACAUCUUUUGAAGCCAUCUAUUCUUAUUUGUAUGAGACCUAUACUGCAACACUGCAGAACAAAAUAGAUAGACAGGAGGCAAGGUUUAAAGGCAACCAUCUUCCUAGUGUGUCAGCUGUUAUACCGGCUGGAAGACCAGUUCAUAUAAAUCCAAUAUCAACAGGAGCCGUCACAAACUCAGGAAUUUGUCACACAAUAACAGGUACAUUAAUACACUUGUGAUGAUGAAUAUUUUAGCCAGAUGCAAUCAUUCUCUUCACCCUGAUUGCAGGUUAAGAAUUGUGUGUUCUCUCCUCUCGGCUUGGGAUCAUUCUAAUAUUACUAAUUACCAGGAACAUUAUCUAUUAUACAUAAAUCCUGCUGUCUGUGUUUCACCAUUACACAAGCAACCAACAAAUCACUAAAUAACAAUUGAUAAAGUAAUAAUCGGUAAUGUUGAAUAUUUAAUACUAAAAUGAUCUUGUCAUUGUUAUAAUUUUAGUUAUCAGGAAAUACCAUUAAAAAAAUAUUAUAACAAGACUAGUAUUACUUUUGUUUUAUGUAACCAAAAUCAUAUGAUUUUGUUUCAUCUUUAAAUUUUAAAAUCGACCAUUUAUUUUGUAUUGCAGUUAGUAGUGAUGGUUCAGUUACAAGAGAUGAUACAUCUCCCCUCCCCACCGGUCACAGUAGAUUUGAAGUAGUACAAGUCAAUGCAAUACCGACACAAGAUAUAUUCAAUAGCCAGUCCAGUGUGCAGGGGGCUCCAUCAUACAUUAUCCAAGCUCCUGCAGGACAGACAUACAUCAUACAGCAACCUACAGGAAGUCUGGUAAGACAGACACACAGUGCAGAGCUGGCUACAACAUCAGAGGGGAUUGGUGGUCAGCAUCAGCAGGUAAGGAUUGGCACUUUUUAUCAAAGUAAGUUGAAUAAGAUUGCCUGGUGGUUGAAGUCCUGAAUAAGACUGUUGUUCACAGUGACUGAUGUUUUGACAACCUGUUUGGUAGUAAUCUUCAGAGCUCCUUACUUCUACCCUCGAAAUGACUACCACACAGGUCAACAAAGAUCACCAGUCACUGUCAACAACAGUCCUAUUCAGGAUUACACCCACCUAGAUGAUCAUAUUGCACUUGCUUUUAUGACAUGACUCCUUGGUUCAAACCAUUAAUUUUUACUGUGCUGUAUCACCGUUGGUUUGUUUGCCAACAUUUUUGUCUUUUUCAUUCCAGUCAAUUCAUUUUGGGCUAUACAUGCUUGUUUUAUGAUAAAAGGAAAUGAAUUUAUUCUAUGAGUAUCUUGGAUUACUCACUGUGAAUGAAACCCUCCAGUGUUAUCACAGUCAAAGGCUUAAAUCAGGUUGUCAGUUAAUAUAGACACCAUAGUGUCUGUGUUUUCUGAGUGUCUGUAUUAAGUGGGCUCUCAGAAAAAACGUCUUGGACACAUAUUUUAUCGAUAAUAAUAUGAAGGCUAAAGUAGGCAUUUUUACAAGAGAACCUGGCUUAAUUUUUUAACUGUAACUUGACAAGUUCAUCAUAUUUUAGUAUUGUUCUUGAAACGUGACAGUGGAAUCUGUGGCUUUGUAUCAACAGUCUGCAGGUGGACUGAAUAUUAGACAGAAAGCUCUGAGAAGUCAUUUGCCGUUUCUGUUAGGUUUUCACUAGGUGUCUGUAGAGCUUGGUUGCACUGUAUUGUAGUGUUUCAGUGGUUUUGUAGACACUUAAUAAGUUCAUUACACUCUCUCUUGACCCUGUUCUUCCAGGAGGUAGUCAUGACAACAGCAGUACUUCAGACACAUCAUGCUGUACAAACCCUCCCUGAAGUUUCACCUGAAUUCACACAAGCUAUAGUACAGACAGACAUUUCUGGUCCCAUUACUGCAUCAGAACUGACGCACACAGUCAUUGAUAAGACACAAACUGGUUUACCGCAAAAUGAAAUAGAGCAGGAAGAUGAACCAAGCAGUGUGGAGCAGACAAGUGUGGCUAACAGUACAUUAGACGGCAGCCAUGGAGGUCUGACUACUGAGCUUCAAGUGGAGGGAGUGGGUGACAAGGAGGUGCAGGCUGUAAAACAGACAGGUGCAGUUAUAGUUAUUGUUAAUAAUAGUAAUAAUGAUAAUGAUAUUAUUAUUAUUAUUAUUAUUAUUAUUAUCAUUAUCUAUUAUUAAUUAUUGGGUGGCACUGGUUACCAAUAUGUAUGGAAGGGUGACUAAUGAAGAAGUCAGAACCCGCUCUGUACUGAAAAACAGCUGUUACUGCUUUGAACACAAUAAUUAUUCAAUUCUUGAUAGAUUGAACUUUUUAUCUGUUAAACUGGGUGCUGAUGUAAUAAACAAUUCUGGUUUCAUUCCUUUUUGGUCGGUCAAAAUUUGGUACUUUACGCUAUAAAGGGGCUUUUUUUACAGAAGGUAAAGCUGAUCCAGUAGUGAUAUACCUCUGAUGUGUUUUCCUAACAUGCUGCGCAGGUUUAUUACCAGUGGCAAAUCUGGGGAUCUGGGGGGGGGCUUUGAAACUUGAACUAUUCUGUGCCGAGUUAGAAGAUGCAGGUUAAAACCUGAUGAAGACUGGUUGUACCCUGCGAACAGAGUCUCCUUCCAUCUUACCUAGGAAAGAUCGAAGCGACUCUGCUAGCAGGGUAGACUGGUUGUGGCCAGUCGAAAUAUUGUGUACCUCAGCCUUUUGCACGUUGUUUGAUCAGUCUUUGCAGUAGCGUUUUUGGCUAUAAUUCUAUUUUUAUCUUUUUCGACUGAUCACGAUCUUGUUUGAUCCAACGUUGAAGUACAGUGAUCGUUCACGGUUUUUGCAAUGUAGCUGUGAAACACCGUGCAAGCCCACUGCUCCACCUACCCCCACUGAAAAAUCCUGGAUCUGCCCCAGCAGACCAGUAGAUAAUUCAGUGCGUUGAUGACAACUUGAUAGUGGUGACAAAGUCAUAUUAGAUUUCUCAAUUAUGCUUUUUUUUUCUUUCUAGGUCCAGCAGCGAUCGCUCAAACCUUAGAUGGAAAGCAUCUCACAGAGACACCAGCUGUACACAUGCAUCAAGUCAGUUCACAAGACAGAGAUGUUGUUGUAAGCCCUGAUCCGUUAGAAGACGUUCACGUGACUGUAAUCUCCAACAUGGAAACGAGUCUGGCAGCUACGUUAUCCCCGUCCUCUGGAAUAAGUAUUUCACAGCAGCACGGGAUAUCUGCGGCCAGUAAUCCCAGUGAUUUGUCUGUAAGUGCGAUGGUUCCACAAGUAACAUUACCGGAUGAGAUUUUACAGUCGCAGUCAGAUGAGCAUGGGGAUCUGUCUCCCACUGAAACAACAAGCGUGAUGAUGGUGUCGGAAAAUCCAAUGACUGUGACAUCCACUCUUCCUUCGCAAAUCCUUCAACCACAAACUGAAGAUAACACGAACUCGUCCCACCCCUCCCGUUCGGCAGGUAGCACUGUCUCUAGUAAUUUAAAUGUCAGUGUGGCUCUUGCUAAUAUCGUUGCUGACACAGGUGGGCUAGAGCAUUCUGACAAUUGGUUGGACUCUUGACGAUCGAUUGGCUUUUACCAUCCCUCACCUACCACCCUUCUUAUGUGACAAGCGUGGGGCUCAAAUGGAAGAGUACAUAAUUACAGCGUAGCUCCCCUCGCCUGUUACAUUACUUGUCAAUAACGGUUCAGGAGAAUUUCAAAAUGUUGGAGAAGCCCAUAUGGGCACAUAGUACGAAGAGGCGGACGGCUAUCUUUGGUCGAGAUGCUGGGUAAUCAUUGAACGAAAGGAGGCACUAUCUUGGAAAUUUAGUACUUAACUUUACGAGAUCGGUAUUUUGUCUUCGUCAAAAUAGUCCUGAAACGAAUCAGAGAGACUCGAGAAGGCUGAAAGUCAGGAUAUUUGUCAUAUGAAAAUCAUGGAAGUCAGUAUUUUGCUAGCUUUCGAACUCAUUUUUGUUGAUGGCCAACUGGGGCUGGAGAGUAACUUUUGUCCCUUGGUCGCACGGGAACGCUUCAUUGGCAGGUUGCACACAAUUACUUGACCAACAGGUGGUUUGAAAAAUAUGACAUUAAAGAAUUGCGAGAUAGCGUUGCAAAAGAUCAAAUGAAGUGCCUUAUUGGUGGCGACAUAUUUUAGUUUUUGCAUUGCGAACUGAAAGGACAAAUUCUGCAUCGUGUACGCAGACAUAUAAAAGUACGAAACGUUCCUGGUUAAUCGUCAGAUUUUAGAGAGGAUAUAACAUGACCUUCACUUUUAAAAACAAAACUGCUGAACUUGUUGCAAACUAAAAUAAGUUUGCUGUUUUCACCAGUGUCACCCAUUUAAUAGCUGUGAAGCUAAAUCCCUGGACACGUUAUCGUGAUUAUAAACAUCCUCCUCGUCGUCUCGUUGUCGUUAUCAUCAUCAUUAUUACUAUUUUUUUGUUAUUUUUAUCAUUUUUAGAUCGUAAUCAAACAGAAAUAGCCUUG